AUGUGGUAUUUGCGAAAAGGUGUUGCCAAGGCAACAGGUUACCAUGAAAACAGUAUUCUUCCAUUAAUAUCACCACUGCCUGCUACCAAGAGAAGACCUGUCGUGGAAUACGGUCUGUCACUAAAGUCCAUCUUUCAGAAAAACUCCUCUUCAAAAAAUGUCAGAUCGUCGGAUGGGUUGCAAAGGUUCGCUGGAGAAAUUGCAUCCAAGAUUGCCUGUCCAGCCCACAUACAUCACAUCCAUGUGGCUGGGGGUGGAUUGGUGACCUUUGAGGUCAAUCCAUCAUUGAUGGUACAGAAGGUGUUGGAACAGGUACAGACAGAAGGACGGCAGUAUGGAGUCACUCCAGAGCCGUGGGAGGACAGGCAGGAAGACAGGGUCAUUAUUGAGUACAGUUCUCCAAACAUUGCCAAGCCGUUCCACGCUGGUCAUCUGAGGUCAACUUUGAUAGGGAACUGCAUAGCUAAUUUGCAUAGCGCCCUGGGCCACAACGUGACUAGGGUGAACUAUCUUGGAGACUGGGGAGUGCAGUUUGGAUUGCUUGGUGUGGGUUUUCAACGGUUUGGAUCGGAGGAGAAGCUUUCAUCUGACCCGAUUCAGCAUCUGUUUGAUGUGUACGUUCAGGUGAAUAGAGAGGCAGAUACCAGACCUGAUGUAUACCAGGAAGCCCAGCGGUUCACACGUGCCAUGGAGGAAGGUGAUGACCAGUGUCUUAGCAUAUGGAGACGGUUCAGGGAGCUCAGCAUUAAGGAAUACACUUCAACAUAUACCAAAUUAGGGGUCGCCUUUGAUGUUUACGAAGGAGAAUCUCAAUACCUGGAGAAGGCUAAGAACCUUCUCCAACUUCUGAAUAAAGAAAACUUACUUCACAUCUCAGAACGUGGCACUGGCGUGGUCAACCUAGAGUCUUUAAGUCAUCCCCAACACAAGUGCCCCACCCUGAUGAAGAGCGACGGCAGUAGCCUGUACCUCACUAGGGACAUUGCCGCUGCUAUGGAUAGGUACGAGAGGUACACCUUUGACAAGAUCCACUACGUCGUCGAUAAGAGUCAAGAAGUUCAUUUCAGCCAGAUGAAAGGAGUGUUGAAGAAACUGAACGUGAAAUGUGCCAACAGGGUGAAUCAUGUCAAAUUUGGUAGAGUACUUGGAAUGCAGACAAGGAAGGGAAAUGUGGUUCUACUUCAAGAUAUCUUAGAAGAAGCCAAGAGGAGGAUGUUGUCCAAUAUGCAAGAAGCUGACUCGACCAAAGAGUUGUCUAACCCUGGUGAGGUGGCAGAGGUCCUGGGGGUUUCUGCAAUGAUCGUUCAGGAUCUGAGGUGCAAGCUAAUGUCGGACUACAAGUUUGAUUGGGAACGGAUCCUAACCAGCCAGGGAGAUACUGGCGUAUUCCUUCAGUACACUCAUGCCAGGCUCUAUAGUAUUGAGCAUCUCUCUGGUGUAUUGUUAACUCCAGACUGUGACAUGAGUACCCUCUGUGAACCAGAAGCUAUACUACUUGCCAAUCAUAUCAGUCUGUUUAGUACAGCCAUCAUGAAGGCACAUGCAGGUCUAGAACCAUGCCAUCUUGUCAAUUACUUAUUGCAGCUAUGCCAUUUUGUGUCCACAGCUCUAAAUACCCUUAGAGUGAAAGGAACUGACAGAGACCAAGCCGAGGCCAGGCUGUUGCUCUUUAACAGCACUAGGAAAACACUGUCAAAUGGUAUGAAGAUUCUCGGCCUGACACCUCUGGAGAAGAUGUGAGGUUUUUCAUCAUCUCAAGGUCUCAACUAAGUCGUGGCAUUUUUUAAUGAGCCUAAAAAGGUAUCUCAGCACAAACAAUGUAUGCUUACUACCAGACUGAAGUACUUCCAAGAUGUUGACUUACAGUGCAAUGUUUAUGCUAGACGUCAUAUCUGAUAUUGCAUUUCGAGGCUCGUGACUUUCUCCAGAUAGCAGCCUUGAGCCUAGGUCAAUCCCCUUCUUAAAGCACCUGUGACCUUGCAUUCAUUUCACAUGGAGAUUCGCAGUCAAAUCCUACGUACAUGUAAACAUAGAGAACAACAUUACAUGAAUGUACAAGCACAUUAUAAACGCUGCUGCAUUCAGAGGACGGAAAGUGAAGCGGGACCAAUCGAAACACAGGAUAUGGUGAGCUUACAUGACUGCACGCUUAUCCAAUGAAAUCAUUGUACCCAAUGAAAUUGUUUGUAAAAACAAUUGCCUUUUCUUAUCCUUGCGGGUUAAGGCAAAGGACCAGUCUAUGAUUAUGCGUGCUUAUAAAGGAAACACAUGAGGGUGCUAUAACAGUUUUACUGAAGGGGUAUUAGUGAGCUCUAGGCAUAGUCCUAGUAUGCAUCUGAAUUAAGAAAAUUUAAAUCUUUGCCUAUGCAUAACAUUUCUAGGCUUUUGUGAAAAAUAGAAACAUCUUGGCCCAUGAACUUGGCAAUUUACAAUAACAUUCUGGAAAAUUUCGUCCCCCCCAUAUGGGGAACUGUGUACAAACUUUCUCUCAUAGCGCCCUCUUUUGAAUUGUCAUCCUCCAGCCUAUGUUAAUUUCCCAUAUGAAGGACAGAAUCUCCAGAUGGACAGAUUUCCCUAGGACACCUUAUCAAAGGUUCCCCAUUACUUUAAGAUUUUCUACUGGAAGUGCCCUUUUAUACAAUAGAAACUGACCUUGCACUCUCAAGAUGUGAACAUUUUGGGUCAUUGUUUUAUGAUAUUGUUUUAAAGGCAGUGGACACUAUUGGUAAUUACUCAAAAUA